AUGACUCAUUUACAGGCUGGUCUCUCUCCUGAGACCCUGGAGAAAGCCCGCCUGGAGCUCAAUGAGAACCCAGACACACUGCACCAGGACAUCCAGGAGGUGAGGGAUAUGGUCAUCACCAGGCCGGACAUUGGCUUUCUCCGCACAGAUGAUGCCUUCAUCUUACGCUUCUUACGGGCCAGGAAGUUUCAUCACUUCGAGGCUUUCCGCCUCCUGGCCCAGUACUUUGAGUACCGGCAGCAGAACCUGGACAUGUUCAAAAGCUUCAAGGCCACUGAUCCGGGCAUCAAGCAGGCACUGAAGGAUGGCUUCCCUGGGGGCCUAGCCAAUCUGGACCACUAUGGCAGGAAGAUUCUAGUCCUUUUCGCUGCCAACUGGGAUCAGAGCAGGUACACACUGGUGGAUAUCUUGCGCGCCAUCUUACUUUCUUUAGAAGCCAUGAUUGAAGAUCCCGAGCUUCAAGUGAAUGGAUUUGUUUUGAUCAUAGACUGGAGUAACUUCACCUUCAAGCAAGCCUCUAAACUUACACCAAGCAUGCUGCGCUUGGCUAUCGAAGGCCUUCAGGAUAGUUUCCCAGCACGAUUUGGAGGAAUUCAUUUUGUCAACCAACCAUGGUAUAUCCAUGCCCUGUAUACCGUGAUCCGGCCUUUCCUGAAGGAGAAGACUCGGAAAAGGAUAUUUUUGCACGGUAACAACCUGAACAGUCUACACCAACUAAUUCAUCCUGAGAUUUUGCCCUCUGAGUUUGGAGGAAUGCUCCCCCCUUAUGAUAUGGGAACCUGGGCAAGAACACUGCUAGACCACGAGUAUGAUGACGACAGUGAAUACAAUGUGGACUCCUACAGCAUGCCUGUGAAGGAGGUAGAGAAGGAACUCUCCCCCAAGUCCAUGAAGAGAUCCCAAUCAGUUGUGGAUCCUACAGUGUUAAAGCGCAUGGAUAAAAAUGAGGAAGAAAACAUGCAACCUUUGCUCUCUCUGGACUGAUAACUUCUCUACCCUCCCCAUGGAUUAGAAAUGGAAGGUACUUGUUUUCAGCACCAGGGCCAGCGCUGUGGAGGAAUUACCAGCUGGAAAUUUAUUUAUUCACGUUAAUGUAGCAUAAUAUAUAAGACAUCAGGCUUUCCCGUUUGCCUGAACCAUGGGUGCCCUGGUCUGAAUUUUUUUUAAAAGGUCAAUAAUUUAUUCUGUAAGUGCCAAGUUCUUUGUAAAUACAAUGUACUCUUCACGUCAAGUUUGUAAAUUUUGGUAGUAACUUAAAUUGGAAGAUUGGCUUAUGAGUCUAUGCCAGUGAUAUGAACUAUAACAAGAACAGAAAAGACACAUAAGCAAUUAAAGCUAAUUAAAUGUAGCCCUGUUUCCUAUGAAGCCAUAUUUCAGCUAUCAUAGUGAUUGUUUCAUUGUUUUUCUCUGAAACUGUCGUACUCAAAUGUACAUUUAAUGGGCACAGGGAACUAGAUGAUUCUAGGAAAUUAUUAUGAUAAAUGUAUUAACUGUCUAGUGAUUUUCAGUUCACAGAAAAUGUACCCUGGUGACUAUCACUGGCCUUGCAUUUGGGAGACAAGGAAUGGCAAAUGACCUGGUAAACUCAACACUUGAACUCUUCUAUGUUGUUUAAUUCCUGGAGUCUUGUGAAAAAAUAUGUUCCCCAAAUUAAGAUGUGGAAUUCUGAAAGAGAGUGGAUUCUUUUUAAACUGCUGUCUUCACAAUGUGUCCUUUAUUCCAGACCCCAUUUUAUCCCUGUCUGAUGUACUUUAAGAAACUUUUUCCCCCAAAACUCUUUGAUCAAGAGAAAGAGAACUCAUACAUGAAUAGUAUUUGACAGCUAAUUUUGAACAUAAAAGUUGCCAAGUACCAAUAAGGGGCUAAUUUCUAAUUCUUGUGCACUGGUUGAAAAAAUAUAUAUAUUCUCACACACGUAUAUAUUUUUACUGAGCUCUAAUAAAUCCUCAAUGUGACAGGCUUACAAAGUAAAUCACACAUAUUCAAUGGUCUUAGAGACGUAAUAGAUUACUGUAUGCAAUGCUAACUCUGGAAAACCACUUCCAUUAAAGUUAAUGAAAAUGAGGUAUAGUAAAACAGACUUUCAGUGAACUUAUUUAAGGGAAUUCAAUUUAAUUUGUAAUGCAAUCUUGACUCUGCCAUUUUAGUGCAAUAUAUUUUGUCUUCAAAAAAACAACAGGUAUCAACAAAGGCAGUAGGCAGUAUCAGGUGAUGGAGAGUAAUAUUGUUUUCCCCAAUUUCAAGUUAAUUUUCCUAAUGAUCCAGUAAGUUCACGUUUUCUUCUCAGAAAAGAUUUUAAGAGCAUAUUGCAUCCAGGAGAGAUAAUGAAAUCUUCUGAGGGCAUCUGAGAUACUAUAUUAUAGUAUAAAUCUAGAUUUGGAAUCCUUAUGUUAAAGUUUUCACUUCAUAAAAAUUUUGCAAUGAUAGCACAUUUUAAAAAUUUAACUUUAAAUUUCAAAUUCUAGUGUGAAAAAGCAAGAUUUUUACCACCUUUUCAGAGUGGUAAUUUUUGAGACUGAGGAUUUAACAUUAAAAUAUUCUUUUGAAAGAAAAAUAUCUCAAGGAACUUUUGGAAACCAACAGAAAUAAAGGCAUGUAGCAAGCAGCCUUCAUAUACUUCUUAGUCAAAAGCUUUAAAAAGUCAAGUUCUAAUUCUAUAGCUAAGAAUCUUAAAAUCAAGAUCAGUACACAAUUCUGCAGUGUCACCAAUGGACUGUCUAGUAUUUGUAAAAAUACAUAAAUAUACAUUAAAAAUAUGAAUGCAAGAUACCUUAAAAAUGCUGACCUCCAAUCAAAUGCAGAAGAAUAAUGACUGUCGGUCCUCUGCUCCACCCAUAAAUAUUACAGAGAUUGGAAUGCAUUGGAAUAAAAAGCCACAGCAACUCUUAAUCUAAGAACCUAACCAAUGUUGUUCUUACGUUUUUGCCAACUUGACAUACAUUUUUUAGCAUUGGGCUUUAUAUACUAUACAAGCAAGUGUUAGGCAAUAUGAUGGAAUAAAAUGGAAAGAAAGUAAGUACAGGAGGCCAGUCAACCUUGCAUUUUCAUGAGUUUCAUUUGAUAUGCACCAUUUAUUGCCAAUUUUCAGAAUUCUACCAGCUUCAGAUGUCAACCAGCAUAGCCAGCUUUUUUUUCCCCCUGUCAUAGGCUAGUGUCAUAUACAAAAAUAACUUGGAAGGCAUAUUUUAUGUGUAUACCUACCCACUUAUAAGUAUCAUUCACACUCUCUCCCUACCCCACAUUUGGAAACUGCAUUGGCAUUGCUGCUUGACGGCUCUUUUUCAAAUGAGCAAUUGAGAGUUGGCUGGAUUGUGUAAAAUAUUUUUAAAUGAAUGAACAAAUUACAACAAUGAUGUGUUUUGAAAUUGCUGUAUCUAGUUCGGUCUGCCUAUGUCUUUUCAGUCUGGAAAAAAAUUCCAGUAAUGUUUUUGAAGCUGCUUAGAGAACAUUUGAUCAACUUUAUGAAUUUUCCCCUCAGCACCAGCUAACUAACACUGUUUAGGAAUUUUCUUUUUCCUCAUGUGAUUUUCUGUGUUAUGUUGCUAUGUCUACUGUUACAUACAUAGUAAAUAAGCACCCUUAUAUUCUUUCGAUUUCAUUGAGAUAGUACAUCCCCAUUCACACAUACACUCGAGCACUAGACUGUUUGCUCUAAUGAUUUGCCUCUCUAUUUUGAGAGCUAUGCUUUUCUUUUUCAGUUAUCUUGUUACUUAAAAUUUGUAGGCAUCAAAGAAUUACCACAUUUGAUUUGGAAUAGGCCCAUAAUUCAUUUACUUCCCUCACUUAGCCUGCCUAACCUUCUAUUUCUUGUAUCAUUUCUUUUCUCCAGUGUUUCAGGGGCAGCUGCUUCCAAAGCUGGUUUAAAAAUAAGUAACUUCCUUAUGUUGUCCGUGAUAUUUGCACACAUUUUUGACUGAUAUUUUAAAAGGAAGAGAUUAUCAUAAAAAUAUAUUCUAAGAAAUAUGAAGAAGUGCCUCUUUAAAAAUGGAAUAAAGCAGUGAUACUAGAAUAUGGAUUCUAUUUGUUCUCUCUUCCAAAAAGUAAAUACAUGCAUCUAUUAUAUUAUAAGGGUGAAAUAUAGCUAUAAUCUGAAGAAGGAUAUUUGAGGUCUUGCUUUGAGUAUUCUCGUAUAGUAUUGUCUUUAUUGUGUAAGUUCAAUACAGUAACUUCAACAUGUUACUGACAAACAUGGCACUAUGCUAAAACAAUAUACAAAUAUUAAAUUGAGUGUUGCAAGCAAGUUUUUGAAGUACAUGCAUGAUUACUUUUAUUUCAUUAAUAGUUUGCAUAAGUGUAGGCAGAGACAUUCCUUAAGUGUUUUCAUAUAAAAUGCUUGUUUACUUUACAGUACUGAAAAUUCGUACAUUCAUAAGCAAGAAAGCCAAGCAGCUGGGUUCUCUUUAAUAUUAACUAGGUCACAUUGUUAAAUUAAACAUUUGAAGUUUCCGUAAUAUUUCUGAGGGAACAGAGGUCCCUCUGAUGCAUCAAGGUAAUGCAGAAUUGUUUUAAACAUCAAGAAACAUGUUUACUACUCUUCACAAAAAGAAACUUUUAGAGCUAUGGCAGUGUGUCUUCAGGAACAGACUUCCUUUUCAUCUACAAAUAACCCAAAAGCGUAUGGACAUGCUUAUGGUCCUUUAAAGAAGUUAUAUCAAGAAAACCUGCUGAAAGGUUGUACAAUCUUAUGUUAUUUUAUCUAAGCGUCUAGCUGGUUUGGUUGGUUAAUAAUCUCUUUUGCUUCUUAUUUGGUGUGUGUUUAUUAAUAAUUACUUGAAAAAUUGCCGCCAGUUAUGAGGACAUUUCAGAAUGACUUUCAACACAAAAUAAAAGGAGCAGAGCUCUGGCACGAUGUGUGAACUUUCAGAUACGGUAUUUACAUUUUUUGCAUCAAUCGGCUAAUAGGCAAAUGUUCCAUUUUAUAUGUGCUAUAUAGCUAUAUAGCCUAAGAAAUAGUGAUACAUUUUAAAUUUAUGAGGCUGUUAGAUCAUGUAAGAAUCAGCAGAUUACCUAAAAUAUAUUGGAACAAACGUGGAGGACUGGCUAAAUAUCCAGUGUGUGUGUAAUUAUCUUUAGUAGUGAAAAGGAUUUUGUUUUGUUUUAGUUGAAAAAAAUGUUUUCCAAUAUGCUCUUGGAACUAGUUAGCACUAUUACUAUUUGAAAGGGAGAAAAUAAUAAAUACAUAAGGAGGCUUGGCUUUGAAACAUUAUUAUAUCGCUUUAAUGGCUUAAAGCAUAUCAUUUUUUUCAUGAAUUGAAGUUUUUAUUUAGUAAAUAUCCAUAGAUUAGCCCGGCACAUGGCCAUAAUACUAUGGAACCUAUUCUGCGCUGAGCGUGGGAAUCUAUUCCCCUAUACUGUAGGAGAAAAACAUGAAAUAGCAAUGCACUGGACUGAGACACUCAAGUUGUACUAUUUUUUUUAAAGGAGUGCAAAUGAUACUGUUGAAAUAAAAAAAAAUUAGAAAACAAAUAAGCAUAGGUCUUAAAUACAAUAAAUGCACUUUUAUAGUAAAUAGUGGACAUUGUUACAAUUCAGAAGGUAUUUGGUCAGUCAGUAUUUGACUUAGUUUCAAAUUUCAUGCAAAUAUUUUUUUCCUUAAUGAUAGCAAUGCAUUUAUUCUGUCAAACUUAGUUCUUGUGGUGAAUGAGAGGGACCUAAAUAAGAAGUGAACAAACCCUAAACCAUAUUAAAAAAUUGCAAUGCAUUAUAAUUGGUUAUAUAUAACAGAGGUUCAAAGCUCUGUCUUGUUCUUAAUUAAGUUUUUCAGUUUUCAUAUUUGUGUAAAAGAUAAAUAAAACUCCCCAAACUAAGUAGUGUUUGUUUUCAAAACAGAUUAAAUAAGAUGUCCAAGAGGUAAUUAUAAGAAUACUGAGCACACUGUUUACUAUUUGGCUCAACUACCUUUGACCUUUUGAGGGAAUUGUUUAUUCCAAUACAAUAUUAAAAAUGGUAUAAUGUAAUUUUGAAUAAAUAUACAUUUUUGCUUUAAAAAAGCCUUUAUUUUGCAUAUAGUAGAUGUUGAAUUUUGUAGUACGGAUCUUUGCAUCUGUGAAAUGGAGAUUUCUAAAAUGUCAUCUAAAAAUGGGCAACAGGAACUUUAUUUUGAGAGAAAUUGUAGUUAGCUAUUUUGGUUAGGACACCUGAAAUUUUCUGAUACUUGUAUGUUUGGGGCUAAAGGGAAAAACACAAUUCAUUUCAUUAAAAUUACAUUUUCAAUAGUCUAUAACUUCUAGACAAGACUUCAAAGGAGAGCUUGAAUGAAGAAGUAAGUUAACUUUUAAGUUGCAUGGAGCAAUGGGAAUGAUCAAUAAGUAAAAUAACUAACAUUUUCACAUUUUCAUAUAAUGUUAUUGGAUUAGACAAGGAACUAAAUUCAGAAAUUUGAAUUAUAAAAAACAUUGAUUUAAAUUCUAUAUAAAUAAUUAAGUAAAAUUUAAAAAAAAUUCAUUCUGACUUGAAAAAAAUGCUGACUUAAUAAAUACACAUUUGUAUCUUCUGCGAGUUUUCCUCGUUUAUCUUACCUGUGGAUGAAAAACCAUCUAUGGAGGGGCAAGAGACACCUAACUAGAAUCCUCUAUAAUUGAUUUCAUGACUUUCUUUAGCUCAAACGCAGAUGAUUUUCCUGUGCACAGCUUUUGAGGUUAUCAAGUCUCGUUAUUGCCACCUCUUUGUAAAGCUCUGUCAGGAGGAGCCCACGUUUCUAGCAGCUACUGCAGAAGCAUCCUGAGUAGGAAUAAAACAAGGGCAACCAGACAAUACACAAAAAGCCAGAGAUAUGGUCUGCACUCCUUGUCACUUAAAAGUGCAUUAAACUGUAUUACUAAUUCUAAAUACAGAAAAUGAUUUCAAAAUGUCAAGACUUUCUGAUAUCAAGAGUUAAACAUGCUUAGCCCAAGAACAGAGGCCAUGGGGACAUGAUGGGCAGGGCUCUGGUGUGUAGUCUGUCUGCACACAGCAGCACCACCAAAACCCUUAUCUCUGAGUAUCACUUUUCUCUAAAAAUAAAAUAUGCUCUUAUUCCCUUUUUUUCUAACUGGAAGCAUAAAAGUAUCAGUUGGAAACCGUAAAUGCUUAGUUGUCUUUUAAGAAAAAAAUGCUACGUUAUACCCAUAUAAACACAACUCACUCAGUUGCAUAGGACUGAAAUAUUUGCAUCCUGAUUUAUAAAUGCUUCCUAAAAAUUUAAAAACAUAUAUAAUAAGACUUUAUUGCUAGAAAAUUAUUAAAUGUUCUUUGUACCUGGGAUUCGUGGGAAGACUGGUAAUAUCCUUUCUGUUGAAUUCAUAUAUCUAAACAUUUUAUUUGGAUGUUUAACGAACAUCUCACAUUUGACAUUUACAAAACCAAACUUCUCUAUCCUGAACCUGUUUCCUCUUUAUAACCUUAUCAUCUCACUAAGAGUCAACCCUAACCUUCUAGUUUCUAGGGCUUAAAACUUUAUAGUCAUUCUAUCCCUCCUCUCUUGAUCUCAAAACCACAUCCAAUCUGCUAGCUCAUACUUUUAGCUCCUUUUCAAAGUAUAGUAUCCACACUCUGACCACUUCUCUAAACUUCAUCAUCAGUACCUUGCUCCAAGAUUUCAUUUUCCACCUGGAAUAGUUUAAUAAUCUGAAAACUAGUGUCCUUGCUUCUGCCCUUGCCCCCUAGAAUCAAUUUAUAGCACAACAUGUUAGUGAGCUCAGAUGAUUUCAUUCCUCUCAAAACUCUCUGCAAGAGUAAAAACCACAGUCCUUAUAACGAUGUUUGAGGAGGAGUGAUACGAGGUUUGUAAGCACCAGUAUAGCAGAAGAGCAUAUUUUCUGAUUGGGCUGGCAUCUUUACCUGUACGAUGCAAAUGUAAUUGUUAAGUAAUUUCUUGCUUCUAAAGUUCUAGACACUAUACCCUCUCACCCCUGACCUUGACUUUUCUUAGAUCAUCUCUUAAGCUUUCAUCUACUCUUUAAUUUCUUGCUAAACGGUCAUCCUUGCACUCCCAGGAAAUUGCCAAGCAUUCCUCCACCUCAGAACUUUUACUCUCUGUUCCUUCUGCCUCUUUCCCCCAGAUAUCCCCGUAGCUUAUUCCCUCAUCUCCUUCAGAUCUUUGCUCAAAUGACACCUUCUUAGAACUCUCUGGAUUUCCCUAUUUAAAAUCACAUGGCCCUGUGUUUCUUCACGUAUUUUUUUCUGCUCUAUUUCUUCUCCAUAGCUUUUAUCACCUUCUAAUACAGCAUAAAGCUUAUUUAUUUUGUUCACUUUGCAUUUUCCCCUAAUGGAAUAUGAACUCCACACAGGCAGAUAUUUGUGUCUGUCUUGUUUACUGUUGUAUUACCAGUGCCUUGAAUAGUGACUGGAAUUUAGUAGCAAAUCCAAAAAGACUGCAUGAAUAUCUUAAGUUGUUUCAACAAGUUAUGUAUUAGCCAGUAGUAUACAUUUAAGGAGAGUCCUUUUUUUCUUAAUAAGAAAUAUUUUUUUAAAACAUCAUCAAAGUGGGAAUUUAUCAUGAGCCGAGAAUUCUCUUCCCCUUUCUCCCAAAUCUGGUCUCUACUCCAGGGCCCAAAUUUUACAUAACUUUUGAGCUUUAUCUUUGGAAGUCACCCUAAGAUCAUUAGAUGUUGUGUCUAUAUAUUCAUGGCUUAUAUUUACACCUAGAGAGACUACAGGAUACCUCAGAUGAAAAGUCAUUUUGAGCUCAAAACCAUAGUAAAUUGUUCUUUGUUGAUUAUCCUAGUUAAUUCCAAUUUUUAAAAAUUGCAGGAAGUUAAAAGACCAUAGUUCUUCCACUUUGGAAGACAGAUCAAGAGAAUAUGCCUAUAUACUUACUUUUACUGGAAAGGAGAGGGAAAAAGCAGGAAGAAGGAAAGAGAUAAUGAUCACCCUUUCUCUGAAACAAUUAUAAAUGAGGAAGUUUUUUGGUGUUUCUAAGAGCUUCCCAUGAUCUAGAAAUCUAUAUGUUACACUACUUAGUCCAUGAGCCCUCUUAACAGAAGUCUUAUAUCAAAUGAGUUUUAUAUUUGAUAUCUUUACAUAUUUCUUAUAGUCCUGACACCACACGACAGGAAUUGAUCAAACUCAUAUAGUCUAACUGGCUUUCCAACUUUCUCCCUUCUCUGUACUUUACUUGCAGGUAUCAUUUUCUGAACUUUACAAUCACAUUUUUUUUGUCCUUAGCUAUCCCCAUAUUAUUUUUUUUACAAUUUGGACACACCCAUAAUUUUAGUAACCGAAUAUCUUAGAUAUUGAUUCUUGGUGUGACAAGUUUCUGAUUUUUAUCCUUUGCAGUUUAUCCUUUUGUUCUUGCUAAACCUAUGCUAUUCCUUUUCCCCCACUACACUUUUGUGCCUUUCCUUACAUUGUAAUAAUUCAAUCCUCCAGUUUUAUAAUUUCCUACCAGGACUUCUAUUAAGAACACACUGAAAAUAAAGGAUUGACAGGUGGUACUGAAGAAAGAACUAUAACUUGAAAAAUAAGGAUAGAUGUUUGAAAGUGUUUUCAGGAGACAACCAGUCUUUAGUGACUUUGUGAUGUAUAGUAUGUACAUUGGUACUCAGCAAUGAUCAUGUUUCUUGUCAGUUACAUAAAUAUAUUGCAAUCAGGGUUAAUGGAUAGUUUGGAAAACCUUCUUCUAUAGAGAAGACAUUAAAUGGCUCUUGUUCAGAAACAAGGCAGGAUUUUCUUGUAUUUCUAUCCUUGACAGUCUGUACAGUAGAAGCCAUUUGCCUCUGUGGCAACAUUUUUUGCCAAUCUUCAAGAAUGUGUUUAGCAUCACUUCAGAAAUAAGGGAUUCAAGCUCAAGUAUGCACAGUACAUGGAAGAUACUGUAAUUCAUGUUAUCUUUUACUGAAUUUUUUUUCAUGAAUUUUUUUUAUGAUUGAAUCCUAACAAUAUGUUCUUUGAUAAAUUUAUUCAUUAUAUGCACUUUUUAAUGGACUUAGAAAUUUUACAAAAUAGGUCACUUUAUUAUAUUCUUAAACCCAUAGUAUUCAUGUUUCAUUUAAUGUCUAGAUUAUUCAAGUCUGUUGAUUUCUGAGGACAAAUGGAUUUCUGUUCAAUAAAGUGUCGCUAAAUGAAAUUUCAGAUUCUAAAAUGUGGAUGUGCGUAUAUGCCCUUUCAAUCUUUUCGUCAUAAGCUAAAUUCCUGUAAAUUUAGAAGACAUCGUGUCAAAUAGCUAUGAGUAACUUUGUCAUUAAAAAUGGAGACAUAUGAAAAUGGUGUUAGUAUUUAGAAGUAUAAAAUAUUUUUAAAGGGACUCUAAACAUUUGUGGGCAUAUUGUAAUGUUAUUUUGAAUUUAUUGUUGACUUGAUACAAUAUAUUUGAUGAGAUUGUUAUAAACAGCAAAUCACUGGAAAGAACUUAGUGACUUCUGGAAUGACAGAAUGGUGAUCCAAACCAGUGUCAGCUGUAAUGUCCUCCCCUUGAAGCAGUGGAAUGGACUGGAUGAUGAUUUCAGUUUAUUUCAUUUUUAACAUUAACAGACAUUAAUUGAGCACUUUAUCUGUCCCAGGUACUGUUCUAAGCUCCAGAGGUACGGGAGUAAACAAAACCAAGCCUUUGUCUUUAUGAAAGUCUUAUUCUGUUGGAGAAGACAUGCAAAAAGUAGAUAAGAAAAAUUAUAUACUGUCAGGUAGUAGUGUAAGUACAAUGAAGACUUAUUAGUUUAAUUUGUGUGACCUCUGGCACUCUGUUUCCUCACCUGUGAAAUGGGACAAUACUUGUACCCAAAACAUGAGCUAGAUCUUGUUAUAAAUCCUCUUGUUAAUCUGGCCCCUUACCUUUCAUGGAAAAAUACAAUAUAAUCUAUCAUUCUCCUUGCUAUUUUGGGGAUGGCUAUCAGGAUUCUUCAGUUCCUUCAUUUCUGCUCAGCACUGCCAGUGGUUGCCAGGGCUGCAGAUGCUCAUAGAAAAUGAAUCUUACAAGCUGCGUUUCAGGGUCAUCCAGAGGUGCCAGUUCCUGCCCAGUUUUGUCCCUUUUAAGGUAAAUUCCAUACUGCUUUAAUUCAUUAUAUGUGAAAAAUAAACAUCAAUUUUCAUCAGAAAAGAAGACCAAAAGAACAAAAGAUCAAUGAGCCCUGAUAGACUGCACAAUUUAAUCUUUCCAUUUAAUCUGUUAUUUUCCCUCAUCCACAGGGAGAACCACAAACCCAUGGUUUUCCUGAAAAGGUUUGGGUGUAUUCUACGUGUCAGUAUCACAGUUAAAGGGCGCUCCGAUCACCGUAGAUCCAGAGGUGUUAAUUUAGGUAGAAUUAAAAGGAUUACUUCCUGUUGGUAUGUGAAACUUAGAAGUUUUGCUUUUUAUAAAGUAGUCAUAUUAUAAAAUACUCAGAGAAACUUGUGAGAACGUUUGGACAAAUUACAAGACACGGUGAAUAUAGAUUAUAACUCAUCUAGGAGGAGCCGUGAGCAAAUAAAAGUUUCACUUAUGAAAUAGAGAGAAAAACAGCAAAUGACUUCCAUCUUGGGGAAACAUAGGGCUUCUCUAUUUCUGUUCAUACAGAAAAAUCACUAAAAGAAAGUGUCUAUAUUAGGGCAGGCUAGAUGCCAUGUUAGUUAACUAAUAGAAAAAUUGAGUCUUCUUUCACAUACUGACUUUCAUAAAGGAAUAUUUCAGACCACCAACAAUUGAUGCAUUAAAUUUAUGGGAAAAAACCAGAUAAUCUAUUACGAUCAUAAUAAAACAUCCUGUUUUUGAGAGCAGGAAAGUAUUACCUAUUUUUGUGAGCUGAUGUGUUUCUGAAGUCUUUAUAAAUUUAUUUCCCUCAUUGAUUAUAUACUAAAGAUUUUAGUCAGUCUCUAGAAAAAAAUAGUGGGUUUUUUUUUUUUUUUUUUUUUUUGCGGUACGCGGGCCUCUCACUGUUGUGGCCUCUCCCGUUGCAGAGCGCAGGCUCAGCGGCCAUGGCUCACGGGCCCAGCCGCUCCGCGGAAUGUGGGAUCCUCCUGGAUCGGGUCACGAGCCCGUGUCCCCUGCAUCGGCAGGAGGACUCUUAACCACUGCGCCACCAGGGAAGCCAAAUAGUGGUUUUUAUACAACUUACAUACUAAAAGGUAUUUGAAAGCAAUUUUUCUAGCGCAAAGAAUUUUAAACCUUAUUUUGCCACAGUUGCUCUUUUGUCAUUUAAUGGCUAUUAUAAACAUGUUUUAACAAACUUUUCUCAAAAAUAAUAAAACAAAUUAUGGAUAUAAUUCAAGACUUUAAAAAAAUCUAAGAAUCUGUAGCAUACAUAUUUUUAACUUGGAACGAUUAUGAGGAUAUUUGGUAAUUAUUCAAUAUAUUUGAUUAAUGAAGACUGCCAAACAGACAGUUGUUAACACCUAAGGAAAAAAGCAAAAAAAGCUUUCUUAUUAUCCCUCAGGCAUGGCCCUCCUCACCACAAUCAAAAACUACCUUUCUUUUUGUUUUCCUUGAGAAUAAUAGAUGCUACUGCUAGAAGGUCCUUCAGAGAUUAAGUAAUCCAAAUUGCUCAUUUUAUUAGUAUAUAAAUGGAAACCUAUAAGGUCUGUCUUGCUAGAAGUCACACAACUAAUUAAGGGAAAUGCUCAUACUAGAAUGAAGAUUCAACCAAUUUGGUGAUACUUUUGUUGCUUUUAAUAACUUCUUCCUUGCUCUCCUAACCCUUUUCUAUUAAACUCUCUUCUCCUGCAUAUGUCCCCAUUUCAUUUUUUCCCCAUACCAUAUACUGUGCUUGGAAUUCUCCACCAGUAUUAUAUUAGGUAAACAUCUACUAACACUAAGAGCACAAUAUUCAGGGGUAUUAAAAUUAGAAACAGACUGUACAUAUCCACUAUGCCCAGCCUUUGAAAGGAUCUUAACAAUCAGUAGAUGUAGCAUAAGCCCAGUCCUGCAGGAAGAUGAAACUUUAUCAGGCCUAUGACUAAGAAAACAAUAGUCACCCAAUGAAGCCAACUAUCUUGUGUUUAGAAGCAUGUGUUCCUUGAUUUCAAGAAGAAAAUGGGAUGGGGAGCAGCUCAGCACAACUACUCAACUUAACUCUUGACUAUCGUCUCUACAUUUGUCAACGAUUAAAGGCCAGGAGGUUGGUGACUUUUUCUAUCAUGAUGGCUGCAAAUCAACUAUGUGUUCCAUGGGAGAGCUGUGGUACUGUUUGGGAGAGAGCUUCCCACAAGCAUUUCCCCUACUGUGUUACCUUAUUGUGAGCUUUUCUCAUAGGAUUUGCUAUAGGAAUUUUAUGGGCUGAUAUCUUUCACAGAUUGGAUUUUCUCAAAUCUUAAGAAAAAAAUUGGAGAGAACUAUAGAUCUUAAUAAAUUGGUUAAUCUAAGUGUACAGAAAUAUUUAAUUCAGUUCACUAAAAAGGAGUAAAAAUGUUCUGUAUCAGAUUUUAUCAGAGAUUAUCUCAGCAUUGCUAUUGUUGAGUUUGGAAAAUGGUGGCUUUGGAGUUACUUGGCCAUUAUCAUUUUAUCUGACUUUUAAACUGCAUUUUUAUGUUUUUUUAAAUAAUGUGUGAAAAUAUGGUAUUAGACCCAUACUGAGAACAUAAAUAUUACACAGAGUCAACUAUCUUAAAAUAAUGCACUUAAAAAAACCCAUAGUACUUAUAAUACUAUUGUAUUCUAAGUUGGGAGUAAUCUAAUUUAAAUAUAUUUCUCUUCGGGAAACAGAAUUAUAAUCAAAAACAGCAUAGCUUCAUACUUCAUACCAUGUAUUAUGAUAAAUUUCAAAUGCAAGCCCUUUAAAAGUCAAAAGACAAAGGACAAAUUGGGAAAAUUUUUCAACUCAUAUCACAGAUAUAGAGCUAAGUUCUCAUGUAUUAAAAGGUUUCUAGAAAUGGAUGAGAAAAAGAAAAACCCAAUAGAAACAUGGGCAGCUGAUAUAAACAUAUGGUUCACAGAAAAGAAAACAUAGCCUCUCUAAAAAUAUGAAAAGAUGCUGUACCAUGCUCAAAAUGAGAGAAAUAAAAAUUCAGUGGAGCAGUUUCAGGGCACACUCUUUUGAGGAGGCUAUGGGGAAAUAAGUUCUUCCUCACGUUCCUUUUAUGAUGGAUGACAGUUUGGCAAUAUCUAUCAAAACUACAAAAAGAAGUGUACUUUGACUCAGCCAUUCCACUUUUGGGAAUUUAUCCUUCAAACAUACUUGCAUACAUGAGAAAUAUUUCAUAGGAUAUAUUCAAAUGUAUUUCCAAGGAUAUUCAUAGGAUAAUUGUUUGCAAGAACAAAAAAUUGGAAGAAAAAAUGUUUAAAAAUAUAUGCUAUAUCCAUAGAAAGGAUACUAUACAGAUCUGAUGUAAUCUGCUUAAAUAAACCAGAAUACUAUACAAACGUAAAAAAAAUGAGGAAACACUUUAUGUACUAAAAUAGAAAGAUCUCUAAGAUACAUUGUUCAGAAAAACAGCAACGUACAGAAUAUUGUACAGAAUAUGUUAUAGUUAAUGUAAAAAAGUGGGGAAGGGAACAAAAUAAAUAUACAUAUAUGCUUGUAUAUUAAGGAAAUGCAGAAAAAUACAAAGGAAUUAAUAACAUUUGUUGUCUGUUGGGGGGAGUUGGAAAUUGGGUAGAUUGAGUAAGGGUGGGAAGGAAAUUUGCACUUUUCACCUUUCCAUGUUUUUUUAAUUGAACUUUGUGCAUGUAUUAUUUAUUGAAAAAUCAAAUAAAAACUUAAGAAAUUGUUAUUGUCUUAAGCCAUUCUGACAUUGCUAAAGUUUGUAGUAUAUAUACAGAAUAACAGAAGGAGUACCCAUAUAUCCAUACCUCGGCUUAAGAUAUAGACCAUUACCAAUAGUUUUAAAUCCUCCUUCACGUCUCUACACGAUGCCAUCUGAUUCCACUUAAAGAUAACUAUCCCAAAUUAUGUUAAUGAUUAAUUUUAUUUUCUCUAUAGUUUUACCACUUAUGAGUAGAUCUCUGAAAAAUAUAACAUUGCAAAGAGCAAGAUUGGAUUUUCUCUUCUUUGAAUGGCAAGCCCAAAGUUAUCUGGGACUGGUAUUUUCCUUAUGUAAAUAUUUAUACCCUUAAUAGCACAUCCUCAGUGGUUUCAGGACUAAUUCAAUUUUCAGUUUCUCGUUGAACUGGUUUAGGCUAUUGUACAGGCAUACCUCCUCUUAUUGUGCUUUUCUUUAUUAUGCUUUGCAGAUAUUGGGUUUUCUUACAAAUUGAAGGUUUGUGUCAGUUGUGCCUGGAGCAAGUCUAUUGGCUGCAUUUUUCCAACAACAUUGUCUUACUUUGUAUCUCUGUGUCACAUUUUGGUAAUUCUUGCAAUAUUUCAAACAUAUUAUUAUUAUAUGUGUUAUAGUGAUCUGUGAUCAGUGAUCUUUGAUGUUACUACUGUGAUUCACUGAAGGCUCAGAUGAUGGUUAGCAUUUUUUAGCAAUAAAAUAUUUUUAAUUAAGGUACAUACAUUGUGUUUUAGACAUAAUGCUAUUGCAUACUUCGUAGACUAUAGUAUAGUGUGAGCAUAACUUUUAUAUGCACUGAGAAGGCAGAAAAUUUGUAUGACUGGCUGUAUGGCAAUAUUCACUUUACCUCAGUAGUCUGGAAUCCAACCCACAAUAUCUCCAAGGCAUGCCUGCCUGUAUUUCUUUUUCUAGAAAUUUGAUCAUUUUCAAUAAACUUUUCAAAUUUUUUUGCAUAAAUUUUAUAUUAAUCUCUGUUUUUUUAAGUACCUAUGCUGUAUUUGUAUUCACCUCCCCUUCCUACUCCUCAUAUUAUUAAUAUAUGUCUUCUUUAUUAGCAUUGCCAUAGGCCUUUUUAUAUCAAUAAUUUAGUUGAAACUGUAUUGUACUUUUGCUUCUUAUUUCACUAACUCCACUGUAUUAUAUUUUAUUUGUCUUUUUCUUUGUGUUAAAUUUUGUGGAUCUUUUUUUAAAACAUGAAUUCUUAAUUUGGAUUCUAAACUAUUAAGUCUUUCUUAUUUUCUAAUAUUAAAAUUUUUGAAAGCUAUGCAUUCUUUUCUUUAAAAAAUAUAUAUUUUCUCUUUUUUUCUAAAACAUUUUGCAUUUUUGCCUCUCACAUUUAAUCCUUGAUCUCUGUGGAACUGAUAUUUGUACACAGUGAAUGAUGGCGAUCAAAUAUUGCCCUGUCCCCAUCAAGCAUCUAACCUUAGUCUUAAAUAGCCCUGACUUCAUUUACUGUUGUGUGUUUCAAAUGUUCCAGCCUCAUACAGGGCCCCUGCUAUAUCUCCUAUAUUUUCAGUAACUAUUCAAGCCAAAACUUCAGAUGAAAUGGGAAUGGCAAAAGAUCCCGUCAAUGGCCGUCUUCAGUCUUUGAAAUCCUUCCUCAGAUUCUCACACCUGUCUUGUAUUUAUCAUAUGAGGAUUUCCCUUAUUUUCUUGUCAGUUUAGCAUUAUUUAAAUAAUUUUUUUAAAUAUAGCAUUUCUUUUUAUUUUACAAAGGGAGGAAUUGUCACAGUACCUACAUAUCAAUAGUACAAGAAGUCUUUCAAAUUGAUUGCCAUUUUAAGAACUUUUAACUCCAGCAGAAUAAAAGCACUGGAAUAAUAAACCUAAUUUAGUUUUUAAGAAAUAUAUAUUCUAGGAACUUUGCUACUCCCUUUGUGAUGUGUUUUUUAUCACCAAUACUCUCGGCAUGUGCCUCAAUGCAAUGUGUUUCAAUAUUGUACAUUAAAAGAAAGAAAAGAAAAUAUCAGUGUAAGAGGCUGAAAGCUCACUGAUUUAAGAAUAAAUGUCUAGACAUUGUAGAUGAACAUUAUGUCAGGUAUUCUAUUUUGGUUGGAAUUGACAACUUUCCUUGGAAUUGUAACUUUCCUUGGAAUCAGAGUUGCUUAGCCAUUUAUUCUUCUCUUGCAUAUAAUUUAUGUAUUGGUCUAGGCAAAAAUCUCUCAGAUUUUACCUGCUGCCUAUGCACUUUUCCAUAAGUUUAGACGGGAUUUUCUGAGGUCAUGUAUAUACAGAAAGUAUUCAACAAGGAGUCUGUCAUUUCCCAUGGAUUCCUUCUGUUUAAAUAAUCACCUAGCAAAGAUGAAAUCCUCUCUGGAUUAUAGGAGGCAAUGUUAUGGAAAGCAAAAUACUCUAGUGGGAUUCUUUUGCCUCUAAUUUUUCUAGGGUUCACAACCUCCAGGUUGUUUCUAAAAUAGUUUCUUAGUAAAAUCAUUUUAUACCUUUUAGAAUGGGUGUUCCAGAGUCAGAGGUGAUCUCUUAUAAGAUUUGUCAUUUGUGGACCAACAAGAAAUCCAUCACGAUUUACUCAGAACCUAAAGUAACUUUUAGAUUAUUAAAUAGCUCUCUACAAUUGCCUGGAUAAAAAGGUUCAAAGUGGGUAUUAAUAACAUAGAUAGAUUAAAACAACUCAUACAUAUUAAAAAAUCAGGGACAAACAAAAAUAACCAUGUCUGCCAUCAUGCCCUAGAGUAAUGGUUGGCACGGUGGCCCCUCAGGUCAGACACUGAGUUUAAGUCUUUAAUGUAAGUUUUCUAGAACUGCCUUACCAAAAUACCAGAGACUGGGUGGCUUAACCAGCAGAAAUGUAUUUCUCACCCUCACAGAGGCUACAAGUCCAAGAUCAAGGUGUCUGCAUGUUUGGUUUCUUCUGAGGCUUCUCUCCUUGACUUGGAGGUGGCUGCCUUCUCAGUGUGUCCUUACAUGGUCUUUCCUCUAUGCACCUGCACCCCUGGUGUUUCUCCAUGUCCAAAUUUCUUCUUCUUAUCAGGGUACCAGUUAGAAUGGAUUCAAACCUACCCUAACAGCCUCAUUUUAAUUUAAUUACUUCUUUAUUAAAGGUCCUAUCUCCAAAUGCAAUCACGUUCUCAGGUACUGGGGUUCAGGGCUUCAGUAUAUGAAUUUGGCAGGGUGGAGAGCAGGGGGGAUACAAUUCAGACCAUAAUACCCUUGUUUGUCGUUCACCAGCUAUGAGACAUCAGCCAGUUUUUUUUUUUUUUUUUUUACAUCUUCUUUGUACCAUUAGGAUUGUUGUGGUUAUUAAAGAAUAAGAAACCUGCAAAACACUUAGGAUAAUGCCUGGUAAAUAGCAAAUGUUAACUAUUAGUGUUAAUUGUUACAGGAUGGAAACUAUAAUUUUUACAUUUAGGUAAAAAAUUAUGAAACACAAACUGCUCUGAAGAUAUCAAGUACGUCUAGUGGGUUUACAGUGUACAUGUAUUCUAUUUCCUUGUUGAUCUUCUGUCUAGUCAUUCUAUCCAUUAUUGAAAAUGGAAUUUUGAAAACACCAACUACUACUGUUGAAUUGUCUAUUUCUUCCUUCAAUUCUGUCAGUUUUUCUUUCAUGUAUUUUGGGCCUCUACUAUUACGUACCUGAAGGUUUAUAACUGGUAUGUUGUCAAUGGGUUGACCCUUUUAUCAUUAUAAACUGAUCUUAGUGUUAAGGAAAACAUCUAUAACUGAAAGUCAUAAACGUUAUUUGCCUCUUUUGCUCCAGAUUUCUUCAUCUUUUAUAUUUAUAUGUGUAGUAGCUUUUUCCUGAACUUGGAGCCCCAUUUGAAGAGAGAGAAAACUACUAUGGUGCUUUGACCAAUGUCUCCUGCUACAUCCAUCCUUAUGUGCUCUUGCCAUUAAUAACUCAUGCCCAUCAAUUGAGGAUGCAGCUUACCAAGGCAAAUGAGGAAUUGGAAAAUAGCAAGUAUCAUGAAACUGAACUAGAAGCCAAAGGAGACCAAGGCUUCUCAGUGUGCGUUGAUUGUUAUUAAGCAAAACUGAAAAUUAUGACAAAGAAGAGUCUCAAAAUAUUGAUGAAUAUUGAAAUAAUAUUGGUCAUUAUGUUUGCUGUCAAUAUUGUUAGUAGUACAGACAGUAAAAUGAUUAUUGAUUGAUUGCUAAAAUUAUUAAAGACACUGAAUUAUAUUACUUUACCUUAUUUAUUACUUAAUACAUAGCUUAUUCUACUUUUUAAAUGUUCUUAAUAAACAUGGAAGAAGAGAGAACAUAUUAUGUACCAAGUACUUUUUUAAUGUAAAGAAGCUAUUUUAACUCAUACUUCAGUUUGAUGAAAGUAAAGACUUUGUGAAGAUGAGUUCAGAGUAAUAAAUGGAAGAAGCAGGAUUUUAAAACUUGGGUAUCUAAUGCUCAGGUUAUUUCUACUACAAAUGCCUGCUACUUAAAAAUAUCUUGACAUUACCCCAAAUUAAUUUUAUCAGGAUAUUCUGCUUUUUAGAGUUCUCAUUAAUAAAAAUGUUGUAACUUAACAUAUGUUAUAAAGUGAAGCAUAUCAGUCAUGUCAUAUAUAACAUGUAUUGUGUAAUCCAAAAGUUAGAUUGUUUAAGUGCUAUUGAAAUAGAUUUUGUCAUUUAUAGUAAUAAAAAAACCCUCUCUAUUAUGUUUAUUUAGUGCAAUGUGGUCUUCAGCAUUGACACAUUUGCAAAAUGUGUCAGUAAAAGGAAGAUCGAAGACACAGAAGAUCUCAUAAAACAGAACUAUCUGCAAUGUUGACAUACUCUUAGUUCAAG